CACUUAAAAUAAGCACACGCCGACACCGGCCCGGAGAGUUUGCCCGUGUAGUGUAACAGUAACGCGCCAAAAAAGCUCGCCGCCGCCGCUAGUGAUCGCCAGUGCGCUUUUCCGUGUGCGUGUGUGUGUGUGCGUUACUGUCUCUUACGGCCGUGCCGUUGUUGCUGCUGCUGCACGGACGUCAGCGGUUGUGCGGCGGCAUUUUACCGCCCGUUUCUCAUCACAUCCGCCAGCGGUAGCCGGUCGCGCGCGCGCGUUCUCUUUCUCGCUCUCGCGCUUUCUCAUCUGCCGCUCUCACACACACACGCACACUGCGGUAUCUCUUUCUCGCUCAAUCGCGCUCGCUUAUCAAUCGGAUUUUCGCGUUCGACGUUUUUUCGCGUCACCGGCGGGUGAUUAGGCGACGAUGAUCGGCCGCCGGUCGGACCGACCGAAGACGACACCGAACCGCGUCCGCCGGCGGUGAUUGCCGCUCGACACGUUUAAUUUGCAUAUUUUUAAUCCAAAAUUUCAAAAAAAAAGCUACAAUUUUCUCUUAAAAAAAAUAAUAUUUCCGAACGAGAGUUUCGGUUUUUUUUUUUACCUUUCGAGUGUUUUAUUUCUUUUUCUUUACACGACGACACAACCGACAAGAGGAGAAUAGUCCACGAGGAACACGGCCGCAUUGUAAUACCCAUUAUUAUUAUAUUGCCGUUAUUAACAUCGAAUCACGGCCAGCAUGUUGUUGUAGUGUUUUCCAAAGCGUUUGCAAUCGAAGGUGAGACGCGUUCCGGACUCAUCAGUGGUGACAAUCGGUGAUGAACCGACCGCCUAGGUUGACGCGGUGGUGAUGGUGGUGACAAUAUAAUGCAAACUAGCGCACCAGUACCAAACCUCGGCCAACAAUCGAACAACUCACCAGCGUCAACAGCGGCCACGGGCACAGCGACCACCAACAAGAUCCUGAUAAAUGGUGGCCGGUUCGACUUUGAUGAUGGCGGUACAUACUGCGGUGGAUGGGAGGACGGCAAGGCGCACGGCCACGGAGUGUGCACCGGGCCCAAAGGCCAAGGAGCGUACUCCGGGUCGUGGCACUAUGGUUUCGAGGUUUCUGGCGUGUAUACGUGGCCCAGUGGAAACACGUACGAGGGCCAAUGGCAAAACGGAAAAAGACACGGGCUAGGCGUGGAGUCACGGGGCCGUUGGUUGUACAGAGGAGAAUGGACGCAGGGGUUCAAAGGUCGGUAUGGUGUAAGACAGUCGGCGACGACAAAUGCCAAGUACGAAGGCACAUGGGCAAACGGACUGCAAGACGGCUACGGCUCGGAGACGUACGCCGACGGAGGAACGUUUCAAGGUCAAUGGAUGCGCGGCAUGCGACACGGAUACGGUGUACGGACGAGCGCACCGUUUGGUAUGGCAUCCCAUUGCAAGCCAAACAAAUCCGAUAUCAGGAAUUCAUUGUCGUCGUUAGGUAGCGAGGACCCGCACAAAGUCGGCAGCCUGUCGGAAGAAUCAUGUCUGGGCAGCGAGGGCCGGGACAAGAAGCUGGACGACACCAGGGGAGGGUUCGUGUUGAAGGCCAACAGCGACGAGCAGCCCAGCAGGAGGAAAACCCUCGUGUCCAAGUCCACGCACGGCUUGAAGAGGACUCUGAUGUCCGGUUUCAAAAUGAGAAAGCAGAGGAGCACCGGAGAGCUGGAAAAGAAAGUGGCUGGCAGCAUCAGAAGCACAGCCUCUUGCACGUCGUGGAUCAGCACCGGUUCGUCACAGUCGGCCAUGGGCGAAUCCUACAACACCGAUUCCAACGCCAGUUUCAUCGUUGAGGACGAGCACAUGGACGUCAACACCACCGAAACGUACAUUGGCGAAUGGAAAAACGACAAACGAUCGGGUUUCGGCGUGGCAGAACGAACGGACGGGCUUAAGUACGAGGGCGAAUGGUUUGGCAACAAAAAAUACGGUUACGGAGUGACCACGUUCAAAGAUGGCACCAAAGAGGAAGGCAAAUACAAGAACAACGUGUUGGUGACUUCGCAGAAGAAAAAACACUUGUUCCUCAUCAGGUCGGCCAAGUUCAAGGAGCGGAUCGAGGCGGCUGUAAAUGCAUCCCACAGAGCCUCCAAGAUUGCCCUGCAAAAGGCCGACAUAGCUAUUUCCCGAAUGGCUACCGCUCGAGGCAAGGCCGAACAGUCCGAUAUCGCUGCGGAUCACGCCAGAGAAGAUUAUGAAAUCGCAAAGUUGACAGCUAAACAGUUUGCUCCUGAUUUCAUACAACCGGGGCUAGAGAAAACGAGACUCAGAGAAAUUUUGAAACAGAGAAUGUCGAUGGACCCGGCGCUGAGUGGUGCCAUGGGUGCGGUGGCACCGGGACCGCCCGUGCCUGCUCCACCCGAAAAGAACAGCGUUACGUUUGGCGGAGACUUCCCGUCGGCGCGUUCUUCGUCUUUCGACUCGGCCAGCAAGGACAUUGCCAGCGGCGGCCCGUCCGCCGAAUCGCAGUUCAAGCCCAAGUCGCAUUACGCUCAACCGUAUUACCAGUCGACGUCGUCCAACCAGAUACCGGCGUCCUCCAGUCAGUCCAAUUAUUCCAAUAACAAGCCGGCGUAUUCGCCGCGCAACAGUCUGGCCGACACCAGUCGCGUCCACAACAACUCGAUGUCCGCCUCCAACGGCGGCAACUACAACAGUUACAACAAUAACAACAACAACAACAGCAGCAGCGGUUACAGGACCAACGAUUACCACGGCACGGGCAAACAGCCUGCGCCCCCGCCGCCCCUGUCGCCGUUUAGCCAAAACGGUGGCGGUGGCGGCAACCAGAAUCGGCCGUACGGAGGCGGCGGCGGCGGCGGCAGUGGUAGCAGCAGAAGUGGCGACGGUAGACGACAAUCUACGGCCCACCAGCCAUCGACGUCCGGUUACAUGCACAGGGACGAAAGCGGCGACGGGUACUUGAACAACGGGUUCGGCUAUGAUAGCAGCAGAACGCAGUACGACAACGGCGGCGGCAGCAGCCGACCGGGCCCGAGCGACGAGCCCGACUCUUCGCUGAGGCGUAACAAGAACUACGUCAACAGAGAGUCUCUGUACAAUUUUCAACAGGCGAUGAGCGAUCAUUUCGACCAUUACAAGAGGCCGCCGAGUCGGGACAGCAGCGUGGACAGGUACAGUCGGGCGGCCAGCCGACUCAGCGGCGAGUCCAGGCAGUCGUCGGUGGAGAGGGUCCGCAGAGACGUAGACGUUAUACCCGGGGACGGUGGACGACCGAUGGGCGGCGCUGGCGGCGGCAUGAUGUCCAAACAAGCCGCCGGUUCGUUGGGUAAGGCGGUGGCGGCCAACAGUCUUGCGCACACGCCGCCUCCAUUCGAGGAGGUCAUCCUGAGACAGCGGAACCUCGGACAGGAAAUCGUGCCGUCGCCCAUCGGACAGCCCAAACGCACUGAGUCACUGUACGUCAACCCAAACGCUCGGAAAGACCCCAGGCUCAGGGAAACGCCAACUCAGACGGCGUUGCAGCGCAAAAAGAGUCUGCCGGAUGUCCAAGCGCCGGCAAACGCUCCUGCGUCGAUCACCAGAGAAGAAGUAUCGGUUCUAAGUUCUGCAAGGAGAGAAGAAAUCCGAAGGAUGGAAGAAGAAAACGAACGACUACGGGCCAACCCGUUGCUUUACUUAGUCAGUCCACACAUGAAGGAUUGGUUCACGAGACAACAGUUGGUGUUAGUCAUACUGGUGGUUAAUAUUUCUUUGGCGCUGAUGUUUUUCAAAUUGUUGACGUCCUAAACGACCGGACUGGAAUAUUUAUAGAUAAUAAUAUAUAUUUUAUAUGUAUAUAUUUAUAUAUAUAUAUUAUCAAAUAGACAGAUUGAAACCAAUAUAUUAUAUGAACAGUGUCGUAUGUCAAACAUAGGUAUCGGAAACGAUUAUUUCCCCUUAAACCGAAUAAAACGGAGAAAGAAAACAGUAAAAUAAACAACGUUUAAAAAAAUCCAAAAGGAAUUUGUCAGUUAACGCUUACAACUUUUGAUAGAUAUUAGGGCUUUUUUUUUUUUUUUAGAUUUUUCAAUUGCCAGUAAAUAUUGAUUUGUCCAAAUGUACACCUACUACCUGUUUAUUGCCUGUGCCUUGCCUGUACUUAGCUAAUAUUUGUUUUUUCCCUCAUUUCCAUUUAUAAACUAUUCGGUUUGCCUAGUUAACUUUCAAUUUCGCAAGCGUUCAUUAGAUAAAUACAAUUACCUCUUCAAGUUAUUAUUAUAAUAAUAUUCUAGAAAUAUAAUAAUUUACAAAACAAUGUACAUACAAUAUACCUCAAUGUAUAUUGUUUUCUUAAUGUGGAGACAGGGCAUCUUGAACGGAAUAGUGAUAAUAUAUUGUAAUUUGGUAUUUUGAAAUUGUAUUUGUACUUACCAAAGAAGAGAAAAUCAGUGUAAAAUCAAAAAAUUUAUUUAAUUAUUAUAUAUUUUUUUUAAGAUAAAUUUUACAUAUAUAGAUUAUCGAAUGUUAACAAAAGUCUUUGGUCUUAGUCGUGUAAAAGAUUCUGACCGGAUCAUUAAUUUAAUUUUAUAACAUAAUUUAUUUUACAAAUAUUACCAAUAUGUUAUGCUGUAUUGUUAUAAUAUUCUAUUAGAUGUUUUUUUUUUACAAAAAAUAUUGUCCAACCAAAAAUAGUCAUAAUUUAUAAUAU